AUGAAGCUUCAAUUCAUCUCGCUGCUGUCGCUGGCAGCCGCAUACGAUGGUGCCAGCUGGUCAAACAACCUCAACUAUCGCUCACCAUCAAAUCAUCAUGCUGCCAUGGGUAUCUCAAUCCACAAAGUGGUCAAGAGAAACGACCCAGCAAGCGCCUACGACCCGGCGAAUCUAAACUUCACCCAUGGCGUGGCCUCUGGCGAUCCCUAUCCCAACAGCGUCAUCUUGUGGACUCGCGUUGCACCCCAAACCGAUAAUUCGCAGUCGAACCUUACAGUCACGGGCUACGUGCCGCUCUACGAUCACGAUAAUCAGAAAUAUGUUCAAAUUUCAAAGGCCCCGAUUUGCGUAGAGUACACGGUUGCAUGCGACAAGGAUUUGAAAGAAGUCGUCGAUACUGGCAAGGUAUUCACGAGUUCCGAUGUGGACUUCACCAUCAAGGUUGAAGCCAAGAAUUUGGAGCCCUACACUACCUACUACUAUCAAUUCAACGUUUGCGAUUCCACCAACAAAAGCCCUAUGGGACGUACGAAGACUACGCCCAACGCUGAUGACGAUGUCACCAAAGUCGGUAUCGCAGUCUUCAGCUGCGCCAACUAUCCAUUUGGCUUCUUCAACGCGUACGGCAACUCUGCGCGCAAGGACGCCGUUGACUAUGUUGUGCAUCUUGGUGAUUACAUCUACGAGUACAAAAAUGGCUACUAUGGAGACGGUAGCUCAGUUGGCCGUAUUCCUUUACCCGAUCAUGAAAUCUUCACGCUCUAUGACUAUCGCAAGCGUUUGGCGACGUACCGCACUGAUCUCGAUCUCCUCGAGAGUCAUCAGCAUUUCCCCUGGAUUCCCGUCUGGGAUGAUCACGAAGUAGCUGACAACACCUACCGUGAUGGCGCUGCUGAGCUCAACAACACUGAAGACUCAUUCCUCCGCGAUGGCGGCGUCUCGGUCGACCAGCGCAAAAUGAAUGCUGUGCGCGCCUACUUCGAAUGGAUGCCCAUCCGCCAAGUCGACAUGGACGACAACCUUCGCAUCUGGCGCUCUUUUUCCAUCGGCAAGCUUGUCGACCUUGUCAUGCUCGAUACUCGCGUCUACGACCGCUCCAUUACCGAUCUCUACUGGAACACCGACUACAUCCACGGCAUCUCCAACGAUGCUGGGCGCUCGCUCAUGGGCUCCAGACAGGAAAACUGGUUCUACCGCAAACUCUCCGAGUCCGCCGACCGCGGGGCAACAUGGCGCAUUGUAGGCUCGCAAAUCGUCUUCAGCACCGUGAACCAAUCCGCGGCCUACGGGCCAGCGAACCCGCUGAACUACGACGCCUGGGACGGCUACCAGGCCAACAAGAACCGUACUCUGAACCAUCUAUACAGCAACAAGAUCAACAACAACAUCUUCAUUGCCGGAGACUCGCACGCAUCCUGGGUCAGCGACCUCGUCUGGCUCAACGAGAAAGAGUACGACUCGAGCACGGGCGAGGGCUCCAUUGGCGUCGAAUUCGCCGGCAGCGCUGUAUCAUCGCCAUGUCCCUACGGCGCCAACAUCUCCAUCGCCACAGCCAACAACUACUCCUCCACCAUCAUCACAUCAAACCAUGAGAUCCAGUGGCAAGACCUCUACUACCGCGGCUACUUUGAACUACACUUUAGCCCCGACGAGGUCCAGGCCAACUUCUUCGGUCUGCCCACGGUCGUGACGAGGAACGCGUGGGAAAUUCCGAUUGCGAAUUUCACGGUCAAGAAUGGGGCGAAUCGGUUGCAGAGGCCGGUUGCGGGGGGAGUGGUGGAGAGUGGUAGUCUCAAGUAUGGCAAGGUGGUGCAGACUAAUGUUACCCUGGAUACCCAUAAUGGAACGUGGUUUGUGAGCCGGGCGGAUAAGAGUGUUUUAUAG